GCUAGGACUUGAUUUUACAGAAUUACUUCAAGUUUUUUCUGUGCCUGUGUAGGUUGUUGGGCUGUCUUGUUUCAUCUGCAGGUAGGAGCAGCUUGCUGAGACUCAUGAAGAAGAAGGAGCAAUGACGGAGGAGAGGCGAGGAGUCUUAGGAGAGGAAGAGGAGAGACAAAAGGUCUAAGGAACAAAGGAGGCCUCUACUACAUGAGGAGCCACAGUGGAGGAUUGGAGAGAACUUUGGAGGGAGGCCUUUUAACGCAGGAGAGAUGCUGUGAUUACAAUGUCCCCACAGAAUGAGAAGCAAGAAGCCACAUCUUCCUGGCGUGUCCAAAUAAAGGCUGUAGACGGGACUGCUAAGGGUGGAGGACUAAUAUUCCUUUUUACCCAGAGUGCAACGAGGCAUGGUCUGACCGGUGGAAGAGCAGAGCAUCGUGUGGGCGCACUACUUGGAAUAUGCCCUGUCAGGGUCUUUUGUCCUCGCUCAUCCGACCAUUGCGGUAGAAUGGGGCCAUCGAGCCAUGAGAGUUACUUCACUUCGGAGGCGGAGUUACCAGUGUCCUGUUGCCGGGGGGACCCUCAAAUUGUCAGCUACACAAAUAGGGGUGUGGUCGUGGUGGAGAAGUUGGAUGAAGAGAGUGACCAAUGUUAUGAGGACUACCACUGCUGGAUCUCCUCAGGUGAGAAGAGCCCCAAGGUCAGCCCCACUGCCCUCAACCCGUUGACCCCCCAUCCCAUCCCUGCAUCAUUAGAAGGGGACGAAUGUGGGCACGGGAGGAAGGUGUCUUUCUUCAAUGAUGUCACUGUCGACGUCUUUGAUCAGGAGAGUCCCACCAGGGAGUUACAGGGUCUCUGGCCAGACGAUUGCAGCAAAGAAACCCACAGUGGAUCCCUAAUGACAAUUUGCAGAGAUAACCCUAACAUCACUGGUCAAUCUCCACCUCCGCCAGGCAAUCACCUCGGCCACCCACCUCAGCUGUCAACAUCAGGGGUGUCUUCGGAGGACAUUGGUGUCAGCUUGGAAUGGGAGGAUGACUUCUCCGUCCUGGAGAGCUUCCCUCAAAACCGCUAUGGCCGAGCACCAUCUCAUCAUAUCAGAGUCGAGUGCACCGUCGGUACCGACCCGCCGGUCCUCUCGCACCUCCACGUUGGAGGGGGAGCGGUCCAUUUAGCCGUGCCUGUUCUCAGUUGAGACCUUCCAGUCUGGUCCUCACCCGCGUCACUGCCACUGACUUGGAGCACUGAGGCAAGUGAUUGUCUGCACACACUUGUUUUCCUGUCGCCCAGAGCCUUCGGCUCAUGGAAAAAAUGACUUAGCCUCUCUAUUUCCUCCACCCCCACCUCCACCUUCCUUUUUCUGAUGACUCAGUAUUUAAUGGAUUUUUAGCCGGAGAGUUUAAUUUAUUCUCUCCAUCGUUCCUGACCACCUGGCGGCUGGUUACGCAGACAUCUCGAAGCUUUGUGACAGUGCAUCUGUCCGGCUCCAUGAGCGGUAACUGUAAAUACUGACUGGGCCGUGCAGGAGCUGGCAGCUCGGCUCUACAAAAUUGAAACAAUCCUGUGGCAUCGGCUGAAGGUAGAAGCGUGUUAUCCUGUCUUCAAAUCAUUCAGCAUAAAGGCCUUAUUGUUCGAGCCGGCCAACAAACUUUUACUGCUGUCUUAUCACUUACACCGGUCAUGCUCUCCUGCAACAUUCUGCAUCGGGCCUCACAGAAGUCAGGCGGCUUUUGGGUUUGAAGACACAGUGACUGGGCUGUUUCACUAUUUAAAAGCCUUAGGGUUUUUCCAUAAUGUUAAUUGUUAUUGUAAUCAGAACGUUAUGACUAUGUAGAUUUGUGUGAUGGACAGGGAACCAUGAAGGGGAGAGGUAGGGAAUGAACAGGGGAGACAGAGAGAGAUGGAGGCAAAAAGAGAGAAGGGCCAUUAUUUGUCCAGCUAUUUCAAGGGGUGUCCUUGAAUCUGUGUGUCGGGGAGAACUCUAUGGCCAGUAUUUGUGCCAGCUUGUAAGAGCUUAGUUUUAUUUUGCAUUUUUACAGUAUUAAGGUAUGCUAAACACUGUGUAGUUAGCCCAUGGGUGAAUUACUAACAUAGUUUUAGCCUUAAGAGAAACUGAACAAACAGAAAAGUUUCCACAGAACCUGCAGUGUGGUUUAAUUGAUUAGAGGAAACCUGGGGGGACCAGAUCUAGUGUUCACACACACAUACAUACACACAUACACACACACAUACACAUACACGCACAAACGUGUAUUUCUGUCCUUGUGGGGACCUGAGACCUAAACCUGAACCAGAAAUCUAUGUUCUUGAUUCUCUAGCUCUAAAACUAAACUUAACCUAGCCUAGACCUUCAACCUAACCUUAAACCUAACCAGUAAUGACUAAACCUGAAAGUAACCUAAGUAAUAACACUAUGUGCAAUUUAAUGUUUUUUCCCAAACCUAAGCCUGAAAUAGCAUUUUUCUGAGUGGGGACUGGACCAAAAGCCAUACGGUGACGCACUUUUUUCCUAUCACUGUGGGGCAAUGAAAACCAUGUCCUCUAUCUUACCCGAAUAUAACUUUCACGUAACCCCAACACUAAUGUCUAUAAUUAACCUAUUCCUAAUAUCUAACCCAUAAUAAUCCCUAUACCUAAAAGUUAUCCCAACUCUAAUGCCAACUGUAAAUUUGUCCCUAAACCUAAGACCUGAGAAAUCUUCCAAAAGACUUGUGGGUAACCAACCCCCUACACACACACACACACACACACACCAACAUACACAUACACAUACACAGACAUACACACUCUGUCACACAUUUGCACAAGAACAAAUAAACACUCUAGAACUCAAGGACAAGGACAUCACUUCUGGCAAUGUAGCUACACAUUUUUUUUUGCUGCUGGGAUCUGAACACCUGGUCUGACUUUGUCUUUGCAUAACGAUAGAUGUGUUUGUGGAACAACAACACCAUGUCUUACAGAAGUCUGACUGGGUUUCUUUGUUUUACACCCAAGAUGCACCAGUAUGGAAGAAAAUUAUUGAAGGAUAUUAUUGUGUUUGCUGAGGGAAGACAUUGUGAUAGAAGACAGAACAACAGAAGAAAUCUACAGUGGAACCACUAGGCCAUGCUACUCAUCCUCCCUGUGUAAUCUAUGGUCUUUACCAGGCUGUUCAGACUAACCAUACCACCGUCAGCUGUGUGCCUUUCAGGGCUGGGUCUGCCAAUGAGGAUUAGCCUACAGCACAUAUUCAGAGGAGGGGUCUGGUGAUCAGUAGAUAACAAUGGCAACCCGGUAAUCCUGUAUUGAAUCAAUGGGUGCAACAACAGAAAUUGGAUAAUUCACAAAGAAAGAAUUAGAAACCCAAAUCAGAUGUUUUGGUAAGGAUGUUGGCUAAUUACUAUACUGAGUACUAGUUUUCAUUAUUUCCCCUUUACCUGUGAGAAGUGUAUCUCAAUGAUAAGUAAUACCAUGAUGCUGCUACAACAGGUCAGAGACACACAGGACAAGUAACAUCAUAUAAUUAGCAUUGUUAAAACAAUAUCUGUUUUAACAAUACAAAAACAAUUCUUAGCAUAAUGCUAAAAUGUCUGAUCUGGCAAACAAUGUAAAGUGGGGCUGACCUUGGGGCUCUUCUCAACAGGUGUCAUCUGAAAACAAACUUUUAGAUUAGAAUAUUUUUUGCUUGAUACAUUUGUUGGAUUAUGCAAGAGAAUGUCAAAAUAGUAAUGAGUAAUGAAUCAGUCAGUCUACACAGAGCAGUUGCAAGCACAGCCACUGAAGGCCGAGACUGAGCAGGUUUUGGGUGGUUGCACCCCUUUCUCGUGUAUGUAAAUGCAGCGUAAAAUUAUUUUCUUUAUUUUAAAGCAAAAUGUAUUUACAAAAAGACCUUGUUCAGUAAGGAAAUGUAUGUAGGUGACAACCUGAAUUCCCAUCAAAAUCCAGGACACCGCUCUUUAUCUGUUCCCAUAAAAUGUUUAUGUGCUAUAAUUCAGUCAGUGUCUGAUAAAAAACAAUUUAAUGUU